UAUGAAUUUUAACAAAUAGAAAAAAAUUCCCACAGACAAGACAAGCAACCCCUACCCCGGGUUAAAUUGUCUAUCUCUCUCUCUAGUUUCCAAGGAAGGACCCGAGACGUUCCGUCCUCACGAGAAUGAACAAGAUGCGAGUUACGGUACCUGAUGAACCACAGAGAGACAGUGAGACAGACUCAGUGAAAAAGGGGAAGGAAAUUGCAGCAAUAAAAAGGAAAACACGGCCCUCACUUAAUUCCCUUGCCAUUUUGAAAGAGGCAGGACAAUCGAUCGACACGUCUUCGCCGGACAAGCUGUGUGAUCAGCUCCAUGCUGGAGUAUUCUUAAAGCCCAACAAACUGAAGUAUUUUGUUGACAAGGUGUUGAAUAAGAAUUGCUUCGUAUUAUUUGCCAGAGAACUUCAUAUCGAAUGGUCUGACCAUCAAGAAUAUUGGCAAUGGAACCAAGAUAAAGAUAUAAGUGGUGAAGACAUUGAAGUGGCUGAGCUAUUACAUGUAACUUGGUUAGAGGUUAGAGGAACGAUUUGGACAGUUGAUCUCUCACCAGAAACUCUGUAUGAAAUUGUAUUUGUCGUAAAGAUCAUAGGUGGCAGUAUAUCGCAAUUUUCAAUGAAGCUUACUAUGACGUACCCAAAUAAUGAAUCUAAAAAACACCAUGAAAGUUUAGAAGAAAAGCCUUUUGACGAGUGGAUUGAGAUCUGGGUGGGUGAUUUUAUAAUGUCACCAGAAAUAGUUGGAAACCUGAAUUUCUCUCUAGACGCAACAGAUCAAAUGUCCAAGGACGGACUUGUUGUGAAAUGUGCUAUCAUUCGACCGAAGAACUAACUGGCACUUGGAUAGUAAGCAUUAUCCAGGUAUCCAAAGUGAGGAAUUUGUGAUUGUAUGACUAUUAAAUAAGCAAUACAAAUUAUCUGUAGAAAGCUUGAUAUCCUAGUUUGAUGCAUAUUCAUUAUU